AUGGUUCCGCACUCUCGGCGUUGCGAUUUGGAGGCGGGGGCGGCGAGGCUGGCGGGGACUGAGGUUACGCGACACCAGCCGGUGUCAGCCCCUCAGCUGUGCUUUGUGGGCAGCGAGUGCGCUGCUAGCCGCGCCGGCCUAGACGCGCCGCAGCCUCGCGCAGCCCGCAAGCUCUUUGUGGCCAGCGCUCCCCCUGGCGGCCCCCGCGAGCAGCGCUCCCUCCCUCCGCGAUGCUUUCUCAACUUGCACCUAGUAUUGAUUAGGGAGAGGAGAGAGAGAAUUGGACCCAAGCCCCCUCUCUUUCUUGUCUCUCAGUACCACGUGGUGAAGAAGUGUUGGAAGUUCAGAAAGAAGAGCUGCACUCGGAAAGCUCGUAGGGACUGCAGGGAAGAAGGCAAGGGGACUGAUGACCUGGCUUCAUCUCUCCAAAGCCACCUAGGGAAUGACCUUCAUGGUGGCAGACUUCAUCAGCCCUUAAGAGAAGAUGCCCCUGAUGAGAAGUUCCAGUCGGUAUGUGCUAGAGCUGACAGACCAAGAAGGCAGCCUUUGGAGGACAGUUUUGUCACCGCCUCAUCCUCAUUGGUUUCCCAUGCUCCUUCCACAGAGCACGUUCCACCUGUGGCCUCUACCUUGUCACCAGGUCUGAAGACUUUUCCAGUUUCUCUCGGGUCACAGCCAGCCCUGAGUGCCUACCACCCCCCAGAGCCUCCGAUUCCUCCAAGAUGCCUUUCACCCCAGCCGCUUUUGCUUUCCCCCCCUCCAUCCUAUUCUCCUAGUCCCAUGGCCUCCCGGCCACCUCUGCCAGACCCCAGCCUGGCUCUUCCUCAGCAGGAUUCAUCACCACUCCCAUUGGGGGCCAUCCCACAGAACCUGUGUCCACCCAACAACUGCUGGUUGUCUUCCCCUGAGCCAGAAACUUCAAUUCUUGGUGACACAGGCUGUCCCAUCUCUGCCCUCUCCCAGUGUCAGGAGCCUCCCGGAGCCUUGUGCCACUCCAACUUAUCAAACAGUGAAUGCCAGGGAGGCCACCUCACCCCCCAAUCACCAGAGGCCUCAGUCCUGCCGGAGACUGCAUACACACAGGUACAAGUUGGGAGUUCCUAUUUCCUCAAUCCUGAUGUCCAGAAAGUGCUGGAUACACUCAUCAAGAAGAAAGUGGAACAGAUUUAUAAGAACACCGAAGAGGAAGGGCAAAACAUUCCCCUGUAUUCCCUGGGGAAUAUGUUAAGCUCACUGGGCAAAGAACAAGACCUUAUCAGCCCACAGGCCUUCUGGAAAACAAGAUGCAAAGCUGAGCAGCUUUCUGUCUCACAGGAGCUUUUUUACCCCAAGGUCUUGUGGGACCACUUGCAGCAGAAAUGCAGCCAGCUUUUCUGGGGCCUCCCCACUCUACACAGUGAGUCCCUGAUGGAUAAUAUCAGAGCAUCUGGUGCCUCAUUAGAGGUUUCUCCUAUUGUAUUCAAUGGACUUCAUAAUUCUAUCCCGGUGCAAAUUCAGGCUAAUGCACCUCUGCAACUCCUUUCCUCCCAGCCCUUGGUCCACUAUGUGGCCCAAAGUCAAACUUUGACUCCAACCAUGCCUUCAUCCCAGACCCCACCUCAGAAACAGACCCAGGUCCAUGUUCCACCUCUCCCAAUUGUACCUUGCUCUUCACCUCCAGUUAGGGCCUGGGAAGUUUCCUGUCCUACCAAGAAGAAGGGGAAGAAAUAUUCCAUUUCACCUACUAUUCAACACCUACAAGAUAAGCUUUUGAAGGAGGAAAGAGAGAAUAGGAGAGUUUUACCUCCUGUGGCCAAAAAAUCUCAGCAAGUUGUUAGCCAAUCUACUGACAAACACUGGGCCAGCCAGGAAAACAUCAACUUCCCAGUGAAUAUCAUACAAUCUAAGCUCCGGGAGCAAUUGGAGCAACACUUUCAAAAAAAUCACAUGUGUGAACUGCCCCAGAAGACCCACCUAUCUCUGGGCUUGACAGGGCUCAGGGAAAAGUACCCAGGGACAAGGCAGGCAAAGGAAAAUUCUGGGCCUUCCCAGACCUCAGAGGUUUCAGAUAAAAGCAGCCAGGUCAUACAAAAGUUCAGGUCAGGGCACCCAGAAAUAUCCCAGGAAGGGAAAUACUCAAGCAAUGACCUGGGACAGGUCCUAAAAGGUCUGUCGGAGAUUCCAAAAAACUCCCCAGUGAAUGACCUAGAGUCUAUGUCUGAGGGAGGAUCAGAAACAAAUAAGUUGAGACCCUCAAGAAGUGAUUCAGGAUAUGAUUCAGCAAGAGGUCCAGACAAGAAGCAUCUAGAAGACAGCGUCUUCAUGGAGACUGAGCAGAAGUCCUCUGACUGGGCAGUUACCAAGGGAGCCAGUGUGAUGUCAACCUCCCAAAAUCUCAAUGUGAGUUUGAAGAGUUUAAAGUCUCUGAGAUCCAAUAAAAGCCUCCCCUCCUCCAAAAUUUCUACUUUUCAGGACCCAGGAGACUCAUGCCUGGGUACACAGGCAAAGUCAAAAAACCAAAACCAGACUGAAGAUUCAGCCACUGGGGUCCUCCUGCUAGACUUUGCCACUGGCAAGGUCCCUCAAGGCUCUGCCUCAGAGUUUCUCCUCACUGAAGACAUCCUGGCUUCUCAGACAAGUCUCCUC